AUAAUAUGUUAAUAAUUGUAAAUACAAUACUAGCUGUAGAUUUAACACCAGUUGCAGAUAUAAUAUUUAUUGUAAAUACAAUUACUGAUAAAAGUAUAUUGCAUAAUUCUUCUCCAACAAGAACACCUCUUAAUGAACUAGAUCUUUUAAGUGAUCCUUUUUUGCUUAAAUUAAAAUUCAAGUUAAUUCUUAAAUUUUCAGAUGAAAAUGCCUUUUAG